AUGCAUGCCCAUGCCAUCACACUGCCUCCACCAUGUUGCGACGCCUUCCCAGCAUCCUCCAGUUCCUUCCUGGCCGGCUACCCCGGACCCUCUUCCCUGACCUCUGACCCCUCAUUCAGAUCAGCCAAUCAGAUGGCUCAACUCUGGGCCUCGCACGCUGCUGCCCAGGAAGGCUAUGUGUCCCUCCCGAACGGGCUGUACUCCAGCCCCUACCACCUCUCCUUGGGCAACCUGGAGACCCCGCCCUCCUCCCUGAGUCUGGCUCAACAACACCUCCUCUAUGACCCCACACACAAAGAGAGUUUCUACCUGCCGGUGUCGUUACCCCAGCAGUCCCUCCUCUCAGCCACCGGCCCUCCCUCUACUCCCUCCAGCUCCACCCACUCAGCCACCGGCCCUCCCUCUACUCCCUCCAGCUCCACCCACUCAGCCACCGGCCCUCCCUCUACUCCCUCCAGCUCCACCCACUCAGCCACCGGCCCUCCCUCUACUCCCUCCAGCUCCACGCCACCCCAGAGGAGCUCCCGAGAGGGGGUCAGAGAACGAGGCUGCCGCGGCGAGAGGGAGAGGUCCAGGGACGACCCGCGACCUCGCAGCGUGGUGGACCUGACGCAGGACGGGAGGAACGAGGACGAGAGGAAGGGGAGGAGCGGCGAGAGGGAACGGGACCGGGAACGAGAGAGGGAGCAGGCCUGGGCCUUCCUCCACCAUCACUCGGCUACGCGUCUCCCCCCCCACCUUUCCAAGGGACCGGGGGCCUCUUCCGGACGCUACCUGGAGACGGAGGACCCUCGCCCUCAUAACCACAACCCCGGCCCCCACGCGCACUCAGACAGGCCGAGGAAGGCCGACUCCGUCUGCUAUGGACCCCCGCCCCUCCCCACCGCCCCCUCCGGCCUGUCCACCGGCCACGCGCACCAGGAGCCAGUCAGGGAACAGCGUGUGAGCGCGCCCACUUACGUGCCUUCUGUGGAGGUUUACGACGAGCGAACCGGGCCGAUUCAGAUCGCCUCGCAGGCCCGGGACAAACACGACAAACUGAGGGAGAGGGAACAGAAGGAGGAGAAAGAGAGGGAGAGGGAGAGGCAGAGGGAGGAGAGGCAGAGGGAGGAGAGGCAGAGGGAGAUCUACAAGUUUCCUGACAGGACUCUACUGGACCAUCGUUCUUCUCUCCCUGCUGACUCCUCUGCUCCCAGGGGGAGGGAGGAGGGUUCAGUGAUCCACUCCAGUGGACCCGCUAUGAAAGGAGAGAGCUACGUCAGUCAAACCGGGCCCAGCCCAGACCCCAUGGACAUGCCCAAACACACCAUCCGAUUUGGCCUUGAACGGGUGGGGGAGGGCCCCAAAUGGAACCCCAUCAGCCCAUUGGCCAAUUACGCCACCAGUCACAUGGCAGCUUUAGCGGCCCAGCACGGACACACACACUCCCCCCAGCCUCACCCGCCAGCCCAGCCUCACCCGCCAGCCCAGAGUGCAGACGAGGUGCCACGGCGUUACCUGGACCCCUCCGGGCUGUACCGCCCAGGCGGGGGAGGUGGGGGAGGGUGUAAGGGAGGCGGGGGGGAGGAGGUGUCAGCCAUGCAGAGCCUAAUCAAAUACAGUGGGACCUUCCCCCCAGACGGCCAGGGGUCCUCCAGGCAGAAUGCGGAGGCCCGCGCCUCCUUUGGGGGCCUGGGGAGCAUGCGGCCGGAGGGGGUGGGUCCCGGGAGGUUAAUGAAGAGGGAGCAGGAGCGUCCUGACAGUGCUCGAUCUUUCGGGCGUGGUGAGGGAGUGGGACUGGGGGAAGGCGAGGUCCGCCACCUGCCGGUAGGAAUCGCGGUGGCAGUGGCCCGGCAGAGAGACAGCAGGAACACGGACACCCAGAGACCCGUUCUGCUGCACGCCGGGGUCAAAGACGAGGAGCGUGGUGACGAGCGGAGGCGUCACCAUGACGACAGAUUGGGGCGGUUGGAGCGCGAGCAGGAGAAGGUCCUCAGAGAGAGUAAGGAGCUGGCAGAGUUCACCCAGAUGCACCCUCCCCUGGUGUCCAGCACCCUGACCUCUAACCUCAUGACUUCCAACCUCAUUGUGACUGGAGGCUCUGCCCGUUGGCCCCACGACCCCUCACCCCUCACAUCUCACCCUUGGAUGCCCCGGCCAGGAGCACCUCCCGUCUGGCUGUCUGGGUCCCCCUACGGUUUAGGCCCCUCCCCCUUGCACCAGGCCCUCCCCCCCGGCUACCCUUCGUCCCUGGGGGGGUCUCUGCCCUCCCCCUACCAGCUGGCCAGGGACCCCCAGUCAGGACAGCUACUGGUCAUCCCCACAGAGCACAUUCCACAUUAUGGAGGUGAUAUGUUGGAGCGUGGCGGCGCCUCCGUGUGGCCUGGAGUAUAUGGGGCAGGCAGUUCUCUGCAGCAUGCAGCCCAGCUCCAGAUGCUGUCACAGCAACAGCUGCUGAGGCAACAUGAACUGAUGAUGAUUCAACAACACGCUGCACAGGUCCUCGAGCUGCAGAGGAACGCUCAACUAGUAGAGCGUCUGAAGGCCAGUGAGCAGAGGGUGGAGCUUGAAGAUAAGACGGACAAAAGGAGUUCCGAGACCAAACCCCGCCCCUCGCCACGCCCCACUCCCUCCCCCUCCCUACACUCCAGGAAAACUCCCCUCCGCACGCCUCCGCCUUCCACCUCCUCCCUCACCCCCCUGCCCUCUCCGAGACUCACUCUCAAACACGAGGAGGCUCAGAGAGAGUCCUCCUCCCCAGGCCCUCGUCCCCCCUCGUCCCACUCUGCCUCCCCUGCUCGCCCCUCCCCCCUGAGACCCAAGCAGGAAGCUGAGGAAGGGGAGGAGGUUGGGAGAGAGCAGGAGAAGAAGCAGAUCUCCUUCCACAGUCCUUACUCAGAUAUUGCCACCGGUUACACGUACCGGUCUAUAAGUGCUCCGUUCAGUGGCCCCUUCCACCCCCUCCCCCACCCUACGGGGGAUAACACCGCCUGCCCGGCCUCUAGGCGCCCCCCCCCCACACACCCAGCCACGGACAGUGGCCACAGAUGUCAAGCCUCAGGGCCUGGAGCUCCGGCCAGACCAGGGGACCACGUUGAAGCAGGAGCCUGAACAGGAGCCACCCCAGCUGGGCUUGAGUGGUGCUGCUGUGGGCCCCCUGCUCCGGACCUGUAGCCCCCCGCGUUCUGUCAACCGGACAGACCAAGAAACAGGCAGACCAACCCUCACGUGCACACUUCCAAGCACACACUCAAGCCUCGGCCUUACUCACACACACUCCAGCCUUACACAAACACACACACACCCAGGGAUGUCACAGACACACACACACCCCGGCCU